CUUUUAGUCAAUAUAUUGACAAAUAGAAAGGGAUGGAGGGAGCAGGGAGUAAAGAAGGUGGUUUGCUCAAAAAAUAGGAAGUACUCUAAACCCCUGAGGUUUGCCUUUUAAUCGUCAGAACAGCAAGAACGAACGUUUUGGCGGCACCGGAAUUUAUAUAUUUCAACAAAAAUAGGAAGAAUAGAUGUUGGCGAAAGGCAGAAAAGUUGCUGGGAGGGCUGAGAUGAUGGCUGCAAAUUAUGCUUUUGGCCCACUUGAAGAUGAUAUAAUUAUUAAGCAUAGACUUCUCACUCGCACAACAACCACUAGAGGUGAACCGCCAUUGAAGAAACUUCAGAAAAAGUUUACUGCUUUUGCUUUGGAGGUAGAGAAAGAAGCUGAUAACUAUGGUGAUUGUGAAAGACUCGCCAAAGCUUUCUUGCAAGAGCUAAAUACAUUUGAGAUUCCGCUCCUAAAGAGCAAAGCAGUCAUAGAUGCAAAUGUUAGAGAGAAGGAGAACUUCAAUGACCUAAAAGAUGAGAUAAAUGGGCAAAUUUUACAAGCUCAGGCUGAAAUAGAAGAUCUCAAGAGGCAACUUGAAGAAAGCAAGAAAGAGAGGCAGCACAAAGAAGAGUGUGAGUCUAUCAGGAAGUUGGUUGCUAUGCAGCCUCCAAGAUCUGAAACUCAGAAGGUUAUUACAGAGCUUGAGAAAGAGAUAGCAAUGUUGGGCACUGAGAAUACUGCUAGUUCAAGAACAUUGGAGCUUCGUAAAAAGCAAUUUGCUCUUCUAUUGCACGUGGUUGACGAGUUGCAGAACACAAUAGAGGAAGAACAGAGAAGCUUGGUGGAAGAGUCGAGGAAUGCAGUUGAUGAUCAUAAUAAGAGUGGGGUGGAGGAUGCUACUGGGGUUCCUGAAGCAAUGGCUGUGGAUUAGCCAGUGAGUGCACCCAGAUUCCUUAAUUAUAAGUGUACUCUUUAUGCAUCAUCCAACUGUAGCAUCUGUCACUGAAGAUGGUUGAUUUUGUUGAAUUUACUUUUUUCCAUUUAUAAGCAUGUAAAGAGUAUUUACCUAAUGCCAUUGGCGAGCUGAAAUACUCCUACAAAAAUUAGCAAUAGACAGUACCUAAUAUUGGAAGUAAAGUCUUUUAAAUUUUGUAG